CACGUCACGAUGUUUGCGGAUAUGCUACGCGGAAAUGUCCACUGUCAGGGUGCGUCGUUCUUUAUCUUUACAACAUUUUAAAUUAAUAAGUAAGCCUACUUUAUCGUUCCCCUUAAGGCUUAGCUAUCAUUCAUAAACAGAAACACACAACCACUGAGUUGCGACCGAGCUACAAAGACAACAUGAGUAGUCCACCGUGGCCCACAGGAAAGAAACUGGUGCAUUUGGAUUUAAAAGGUGCCCCUCCGAAACUCGAAUACUUACACCAGCUGAUAGAGUGCUUCUCUCAACUGGGUGCGGAUGGCCUCCUUGUGGAGUAUGAGGACAUGUUUCCUUAUGAGGGAGAGUUGAAGGUGCUGCAGGCCACUGCACAACCUGCGUACAGCCGAGAUGAGAUAUUCUCCCUGCAGAAACUAGCAACAUCUAAAGGCAUGGAGAUUGUACCACUUGUGCAGACUUUUGGCCAUAUGGAGUUUGUGCUCAAACAUCAAGCCAUGCAGAGCUUGAGAGAAGUGUCAAACUGUGUGGGCACACUGAAUCCUCACAAAGAAGAUGGACGCCAACUUGUGACAGAGAUGCUGAGGCAGGUGGUUGAGCUACAUCCAGGCGUAAAGACACUGCACAUAGGUGCAGAUGAGGUGUACAUGUUGGGUGAAGGUGAGAUGUCAAAGUUAUGGUUGGCUUCACCUGGACGCACAGUGGAGCAGCUUUUCUUGACUCAUGUUGUAUCAGUGGCAAAGUACAUCAAGGAGACUUGGCCUCACAUAACCAUCAUCAUGUGGGAUGAUAUGAUGAGGGGGAUGAGCCAGGACACACUGAAAGCAAGUGGUAUCGUAGGACAAGUCCAGCCAAUGCUGUGGGAUUACACACCUAAUCUGGAUGUAAACAAAACAGUGUCGUUGCUGGAGAAGUACUACAAUGCUGGUAUGCAAGAUGUCUGGGCAGCCAGCUCCUUUAAAGGCUCCACCUGUGUCUACACCAAUGUACCGAGCACACAGAGACAUGUAGAGAACCACCUGCAAUGGUUGAAGGUAGCGGCAUCUGUCCCCUCUGGUUUAAACCUUAAGGGCAUUGCCAUUACAGGCUGGCAAAGGUAUGACCACAUGUCUGUACUGUGUGAGCUCCUGCCUGUCGCUCUACCAUCACUGGCCGCUUGUCUCCAAACAAUUUUUCAUGGCCAGUUAAGUACUGAGGCUCAAAGCAAAGUGAGGAAAAUGUUGGGGGUGUCCUCUGUGGAGGCAGAGUCUAUGGAAAGCACAUCUGGUGAUGCUACCCUCUUCCCGGGAAGGAGAUUAGCUGAGUCAAUUGUAGAACUGGAUUCCCUGCUUAGCUCGGAUGACAUCGUGUAUUUUGAAAAGAAUAUGUAUGUACGCGGAUGGUUGAGUCCCUACCACAGAGCAAGGAGAAUGGUAAAUCCUCUUAUUGCUAUGCAGAUUCACAGUCAAGCAUCAAGGUAUUUGGCUAUGCUGCAACAGAAGGUGGAUAUAGUAAGAGAGCGGAUGAGUCAUCUUUACCCAGAUUCAACAGCACAAGAGUGGCUAGAGGAGCAUGUUGGCCCAGUAAUGGUACCACUGCAGAGGAUUGUUGAUGAAAUCACAGCAUUUACACCGGAGACAGGCCCAUAGAAUCAUCACUGCUGGAGGGGACACGGGGGUAUACUGGACUGCGCCAUUUGCAUUUUAAAUCUUAAGACACAAGAAAACAAUGCUUGGAUUGUGGAGUACAUAACAUGUAUAUGGUUCCUAAAAAAUAAAUGACAAUGAUUUUUAAUUGGCAAUAA